ACUUUACCAUCCUCUUUUUCACUAUAUAUACACCUAAUUGCUGUGCUUGUUUGAAAUGGCAUUGAUUAGAGCUUUCUCUCCAUCUUGAUCUAAACUUUGCUAUCUCCUCUUCCACAGAAGAAAACCAUCCUGCUUAAUUAGGUGCUCCAGCGACACGAUUCAAUGGCGAGCCCCAGCACUAGGAUCGAUGGUGGACGUGACAAGGACAGUGAUAAUUCUGGAUCCAUGAGAGAAAAGUUAUCCGUGUUGAUUGUGGAUGAUGACGUGCUCGAGUGUAGAGUACAUGAGAUGCUUGUUAGCGAGCUCAAAGUAGCAAAAGAAGUCCAGACUGAAAUGGCCACAAAUAAGGAGGCCUUGGAUCUUCACCUUUCUGGUCCAUCUUUUGAUAUUAUCCUCAUGGACAUUGAUUCGCCCAUCAUGGAUGGCCCUGAAGUGACGGAGAAGCUGCGAGCGAAUGGAGUGAAGAGCAUGAUCGUGGGAUUGACUUCGCAGAACGCCGAAGCGGACAAGGCAGCUUUCAUGGCGACGGGUCUGGAUGAGUGCCUUGAGAAGCCAUUGACUGUUGAGAAGAUCAAGUCUCUUGUUGAAACCCUAGAGAAGGACAACUAGAGAUGUGAGCACCAGCUUAUACCUAAAGGAGGAAUAAUGAGUGAUCAUGCGAAAUAUAGAGUUAUAGGGUUCAUAUAGUUAUUUUGAUUAUAUAGAUCUAUGACUGAGCAUGGUACAUGAGUUUUGUAACUAUGCAAGUCAUUUGCUGACUAUAUUACUGCUUAUUAAUCAAGGGAAGUUAUGAAAAUUAUAAGUGUUUAUGCUC